UAUGUUUACAUUAGGAGAUUUAUGUCUUAACUGAAUUCAUCGAAAACGAAAGAGGAAGGUUAAUUAUCUGAGAUCGUCACAUAGUGGUGGUGUGCGAUUGAACACAGUUUAACAAGAGUUUCACGAUUCUAAAGACUUUAUUUUUGAUAUUAGAAGGGCAUCUACAGACGUUUGCUGAAACAAAUAACUGAUUUAAUCAGUUUCAAAGAAAACGUGACAAAUGGAAUCGGAACAGGAAAAUGGGACGAAUAUCCAAAAUACAGAUGUACAGGGAAAAUCUGCUACAGAAAUGACACAAAAUCAAGGCGCAGAUACAGGUGCAGAAGAAAAGUCUGCAGAAAGAACUCCAAAAAAAGCGGAGGACACCCCUGACAAUAAAAUUGAUUCUCCUGUGACACCAGCAAACAAAAAUGCGGAUACCGAUGCAGAAGAAACAUCUGCAGAAAGAACUCUAAACCAAGCGAAGGACAUCGCUGAUAAUAAUAUGGAAUCUUCUGUGACAACAGCAAAAGAAGAUGUAGUUGCAAAAGGAGAACCUACAGAAUUACCACCAAACCAAGGAGAUGGCACGCCUAACGAAGCCUCGAAAGAAGAGGAUGGAACGCCAGACAAAACAGUAACUGCUGGUGCAGCCUCAAACAAAGACACAGAUCAAGGUGCAGAGAAAGAGACUUCAGAAACACAAAAACAAGGGGGGGAUACAGUUGCAAAUGGAGAAGCUACCAAAAUAACACCAAACCAAAGUGCGGAAACCGCUGCAGAGAAAACAUCUGCAGAAAGAACUCUAAAGCAAACCGGAGACACAGAUGCAAUAUUUAAACCGAACCGAGGGGAUGACACGCCAGACAAUAAAUUAACUGCUGAUGCAGCCUCAAAUGAGGAGUAA